AUGGAGGGAACCGGUCUGAACCUGAACCCGGACCUGGACCUGGACUUGGACCUACACCUGGACCUCGACCUGGACCUGGUUCUGGACCCGGACCCGGACUCGGACCCGGACCCGGACCUAAACCCGGUUCAGUUGAGAAGUAUCUGGAAAGGCGGAUACAGAAUAAGAUUCGAUGUCGGCGUGGUCUUCGGCCAUAGCUUCUUCUUCGAUGUCCCACGCACGCUCUCCGACGCCGUCUCAGAAGGAUGGGUGCAACAAACCCAAGCUGACGGCCUCCCCGUCACCUCUGUCUCCAUGUACUGCUACUCUGACAACAUCGUCUGCAACUUCUACGAUAGCGACGGCGAUGUAGCUGGCAUGCAAGUUGCUCUGCCUAAGGACAAGUUCACCCCGCACUUCGAUAAUAUGGAGGACUUUGGCUUCACGACUUGGACCGCGGACGGUGCCGAAUACUGGACCCUGCAGCAGUUCUUCACCACUGAAGAAAUCCUCUCUAGCCGUGCCAAUCGUGCCAACGAGAACAAGAUCACCGAGAAUGGCGGCGUGUGGGUUGUGGGACCCUACAAGGAGGUUGUACAGAUCUCCAACUCGACAAGCGCGAUCAUUGAUGAAGGUCUCUUCACCAGACAAGCCUGCAUUCCCUGGAUGGGUCGCCACUACUACUACAAGAUGACCCCCGACUUGAGCUGCACCGACGAGCCCAUGUUCCCGUGGUUCCCCCUUGUAGAGUCCGGAGAGCUCGUCGCCACUGGCUUCGUGGUACCCGGCACGCUCAACCUCGACAGCGGCGCGAGGGACUGGUUCGAGCACCCCAACGAGAUUGCUGUCAAGGCGAUCGUACCCGAUGGGCCCCAGUGCCUGUACGACUUGGCCGCCAGCCCCGGACUCGUCACCAUGCACAUCUACUACAUCGACCAGCCCUGGCUGAUUUCCUGCAUCUUCCAGUAAACUGACAUCAGGGCUUUAACCACGAAAAUCGAAGUUCGCGAAUUGCGGGCAUCUUUCUCCGUCACUCUAAUUACGCCUUCAUUGGAGUAAAAGAGAAAGAUCCCCGCAAUUAGCGAAUUUCGGUCUUAGCGGUAGACCCUCAGGCCCGAGUCAGAAGAGCAAAAU